AUGAUGAAUCCUCACGUUCAAGAAAAUUUGCAAGCCAUCCAUAACGCCCUAAGCAAUUUCGAUACGUCAUUUUUAUCGGAAGAUGAAGAAGAUUACUGUCCUCUUUGUAUUGAGCCAAUGGAUAUUACUGAUAAAAAUUUUUUUCCCUGUCCCUGUGGUUACCAAAUUUGUCAGUUUUGCUACAACAAUAUCAGGCAAAAUCCAGAACUAAAUGGGCGUUGCCCAGCAUGUCGUCGUAAAUAUGAUGACGAAAACGUUAGAUACGUCACAUUAUCUCCGGAGGAGUUAAAAAUGGAGAGGGCCAAGCUCGCUAGGAAGGAAAAAGAAAGAAAGCAUAGAGAAAAAGAACGUAAGGAGAAUGAAUAUACGAACAGAAAGCAUUUAUCAGGUACUAGAGUUAUUCAAAAGAAUCUAGUGUAUGUUGUCGGCAUCAAUCCUCCUGUUCCGUACGAGGAAGUUGCGCCCACCCUGAAAUCUGAAAAAUAUUUUGGCCAAUAUGGUAAGAUAAAUAAGAUUGUGGUUAAUAGAAAGACACCUCAUUCUAACAACGCGGCCGGCGAGCAUUAUCACCACCAUUCACCAGGCUACGGUGUCUACAUAACCUUCGGAUCCAAGGAUGAUGCUGCAAGAUGUAUAGCCCAGGUAGACGGGACAUACAUGGAUGGCCGCCUGAUCAAGGCUGCGUACGGUACCACUAAAUACUGUUCCUCUUAUUUAAGAGGAUUGCCAUGCCCAAACCCCAACUGUAUGUUUUUGCAUGAACCUGGUGAAGAAGCUGAUUCUUUUAAUAAAAGAGAACUCCACAACAAACAACAAGCGCAACAGCAAGGUGGUGGAACUGCAUUCCCUAGAAGUGGCAUACACAACAAUAUACCUACCAGUGCUACCGGUUCAAACAGUAAUUUACUGAGUGAACAUUUCACAAGCACACCUUCUCCGGCUGCAAUGAGAGCUCAAUUGCAUCAUGACAGCCAUACGAGUGCUGGAACGCCAGUAUUAACUCCUGCUCCGGUCCCUGCAGGUUCAAAUCCUUGGGGUGUUACCCAGUCAGCGACACCUAUAGCAUCUAUCAAUCUCUCUAAAAACAGCAGCUCCAUAAACUUGCCAACUUUAAAUGAUUCUUUGGGCCAUCAUACCACCACCACAACAGAAACCACUAUCACAACUACGACAACCACCACAAAUAGCAAUGCCACAAGUCACUCACAUGGUAGCAAGAAGAAGCACUCUCUUGCUGCAGAAGAGUACAAAGAUCCUUAUGAUGCACUAGAAAAUGCUGUUGACUUUCUGGAUGCAAGACUACAUUCUCUCUCAAGUUAUCAAAAGCGCCCUAUAUCUAUCAAAUCCAAUAUCAUUGAUGAAGAGACUUAUAAAAAAUAUCCAUCUUUGUUUUCUUGGGACAAGAUUGAGGCCUCCAGGAAGAGUGACAACAUAUUAGCCAACAAACUUGUGGAGAUACUGGCUAUAAAGCCAAUAGACUAUACUGCUUCUGUUGUUCAGUUCUUACAAAGUGUAAAUGUUGGUGUAAAUGACAAUAUUGCAAUUACAGAUAAUACGAAAGCAUCAACCCAACCAAUAAGGCUGCAGACUGUCCCACAGCAAAUUCAGCCACCAUUAAAUGUCAGUACCCCUCCACCAGGUAUCUUUGGUCCACAACAUAAAGUGCCUAUGCAGCAACAACAAAUGGGGGAGACGACCUCGAGAAACUCUUCUGAUUUAUUAAAUCAACUAAUUAACGGAAGAAAAAUUAUCGCCGGUAAUUAA